AUGAUUGAAGUACAAGACCUUAUUGUCUCUAGAGGGGGGGAUCCCCAAAAAGUUAUCGACAGCCUGCAAAAGCGGUACGCCCCCACCGAAAUUGUCGACGAGGUCAUUGCGCUCUGGAAUGAUGCAUAUCAGACGCGGUACAAGGCCAGCCAAUUCGGCGCAAAGAUCAACGCCGUCCAAAAAGAGAUCGGGCAGCUGAAGAAAGCAAAACAAGAUGCGGACCACCUACUGCAAGAAAAGGCGAAUCUAGAGAAAGAGAAGAAGAAGAUCGAAGAGGAGGCCACCGAGAAGGAGAAGUUGAGAGACCGCAAGUGCAAGUUGAUUGGCAACUACGUGCACGAGUCGGUGCCGGUCAAUGACAACGAGGACUUCAAUGAGGUGGUUAAGAAAUGGGCCCCUGAAGGCUUCACGGAAGAAAAGCGUGACUGUCUCUCCCACCACGAAGUCAUGACCCGCGCAGAAGUCUACGACGGCGAACGAGGCGUUAAACUCGUCGGCCAUCGAGGGUACUUCCUUCGAAAAUGGGGUGUCCUGCUUAACCAAGCCCUCAUCAACUACGGCUUACAUUUCCUCGUCUCCAAGGGAUAUGAUCCGCUCCAACCGCCAUAUUUCAUGAAGGCAGAGUACAUGGCCAAGACCGCGCAGUUGGAACAAUUCGACGAAGAGCUGUACAAGGUCAUUGAAGACAAGGACGCAGAAGACAAGUUUCUUAUCGCGACAUCCGAACAGCCCAUCUCGGCAAUGUUUGCGGAAGAGUGGUUGACGGAGAAGGACCUCCCGAAGAAGUUUGCAGGCUACUCUUCGUGUUUUCGCAAGGAGGCCGGUGCCCAUGGGAGAGAUGCAUGGGGGUUGUUUCGCAUUCACCAAUUUGAGAAGGCAAGUACUUUGAAUAUCCCUAGAGAAAUCCGCUCAAGUGUGCUAAUUGGCGCCGUCCAGAUCGAACAAUUCCUCUUUGUCAAACCCGAAGAAUCCUGGCAAGCCCUGGAAGACAUGAAGUCCAUUGCCGAAGAGUUCUAUCGGUCCUUGAAGCUCCCUUACCGUGUUGUGGCGAUUGUCUCGGGCGCACUCAAUAAUGCGGCGGCCAAGAAGUACGACCUGGAAGCUUGGUUCCCCUACCAAAACGAGUACAAGGAACUUGUGUCCUGCUCGAAUUGCACGGAUUACCAGACGCGGGAGCUCGAGAUUCGGUACGGACAAAAAAAAGGCGCCAUCGACGCGAGAAAGACAUAUGUUCAUGCCCUGAACGGGACAUUGUGCGCCACGGAGAGGACCUUGUGUUGUGUGGUGGAGAAUUACCAGAAAGAAGAUGGCAUUGAAGUCCCCGAGGUGCUAAGGCGGUACAUGCCUCCUGGGACGCCGGAUAUCAUUCCAUACACAAAGGACUUGCCAAAAGAUACGGUCUCGACAAAGGGGAAGCAGCCACCGAAGCCAAAGACCGGAGGAGGUGCUCCUGAGGGUGGCCCCAAGCGGGAUAUGCCGGCGGCGGAGAAUGUCGCGGAUAAGAUGAAGGACAUGAAGGUGUAG